AAACAACCGUAAAGAGUACAAAAACCUCAGCAGUAUCUAAUGCAUGCACAGACAUUAGCCGCUUACCAGCUGCGGAUCACGGUCGUAAGACAUACAGCGCGAAUGCCGGAGAACGCAGGGACUGCACCCCGCAUAAACUAAAACAGGGCAAGUAUACGUAUGAGUUCUUUGUUUAUUUGUAUAUUUGUAUACUACAUAAAUAUAGUAUAUUUAUUUGUAUCUUUAUUUACUACAUAGAUAUACCUGUAUGUACAUCAGUGCAUUAAUUUACUCAUUUAUUUUUGAAUACAGUACCAAAGUUGUCUAUAACCCGGAUCUGCUCUACAAGAGAUAUUCCAGUCACACGUGACGAUGAACAACCGUCAACGUCGACCUCAGGGGUUUUAAGGCAGCGUCCAUCUAGUGCGGCAUGCGUCGCAAAGGAGCCUCAACAAAUACAUUCAUUAACCACAACAAAACACACAUCUCGGGGUAAGCCAUCAGUCACAUCACCAGGCAAUGUAUCAGGGUGUCGACAUUUCACUGUAGAAUCAAAUGUACCUGUGAAACAAUCCAUUAGCCCUGUAAAUGUUCCUAUACAACCAAACCCUAAGAAAAGUAGAUCUGUUUUACAGGACAUAACACAAACCAUCGGCAAUGAUAACAAUAUACAUAGAGGGACUACAUCACUGACAUCCAGAAAUACCUCUGUAAAGGUGCCGACACACCCGCCACCUAAGAAAAGUAGAUAUGUUUUACAGACCAUAACACAUACUGACAGCAAAAACACACACAUUUAUACAGAGACCACAUCACCUCUUGAUACUAGAAAAUGUAUGUUGUGGUUCACGCGUUCUGCUCCUUUAUGGUUUAAAGUCAAGGAUGCUGUACAACAUACAAUCACUGAAAUAUUCAAAAUACUGAAUGACGCUGCUCUUUUACAGUGCAGCAGGCCUCUGAGUCUAAAACUUUAUGCCGCUAGCCGCCCAUUUAGAAUUGGCCAUGCAUUGUUAUCCCAUGAUGGUCGUGAUAGUCAAUUGAGUAUAAACGGUGUUAUACCAAACAUUAUAUUACCCCGUGACAACGUCAGUGAUUUAUUACAGUGGUUUUUAAGGGAACUUGGUUUUUGGUUCGCUUUAGGAGACUUUAUUGACUCUGUGAUUAGUGAGAUCCGUAACAUUGUUAUUGUGACUGAUGAUGAGCUUAGACAAACUAAUUUUUUAAACCGUUUUGAAAGACUUGACCGUGCUACCAAUGCCUUUCGUUCAGGACUAAAUUUACUGACCCCCGCGUGA